CUGCCUGCCCGCCACUCCUCUCCCUUCUCCCUCCCUUCAGUUGGCCGCAGGAGCCUGGGACUCUAUCUGGGGAGCUCCUUACCCACGGGCCUGCUGACCCAACGGCUUAGGAGCGCCCAUCAAGCUCUGGGAAUGUGCCUGGGAGAGGCAGCCUGAGAGGCGGGUGGAGCAGCAGAGCUGUAGCCACCGGAGGCAGCACACAGGUCAGCGUGGAGGUGCCGGGCCACCAUGCUCAGUCUCAAGCUGCCCCAGCUCCUUCAGGUCCACCAGAUCCCCCGGGUGUUCUGGGAAGAUGGCAUCAUGUCUGGCUACCGUCGCCCUACCAGCUCGGCCUUGGACUGUGUCCUCAGCUCCUUCCAGAUGACCAACGAGACAGUCAACAUCUGGACCCACUUUCUGCCCACCUGGUACUUCCUGUGGCGCCUGCUGGCGCUCGCGGGGGGCCCUGGCUUCCGGGCGGAGCCAUACCACUGGCCGCUGUUCGUCUUCCUGCUGCCCGCCUGCCUCUACCCCUUCGCGUCGUGCUGCGCGCACACCUUCAGCUCCAUGUCGCCCCGCGCGCGUCACAUCUGCUACUUCCUGGACUACGGCGCGCUCAGCCUCUACAGCCUGGGUUGUGCCUUCCCUUAUGCCGCCUACUCCAUGCCGGCAUCCUGGCUGCACGGCCGCCUGCACCAGCUCUUUGUGCCCGCCGCCGCCCUCAAUUCCUUUCUGUGCACCGGCCUCGCCUGCUACUCCCGGUUCCCCGAGCUAGAAAGCCCUGGGCUCAGUAAGAUCCUCCGCACAGCUGCCUUCGCUUAUCCCUUCCUGUUUGACAACCUCCCUCUCUUCUACCGGCUUGGACUGUGCUGGGGCAGGAGCCACAACUGUGGGCAGGAGGCACUGAGCACCAACCAUGGCUACCACCUCCUCUGUGCGCUGCUUACUGGCUUCCUCUUCGCCUCCCAUCUGCCUGAGCGGCUGGCACCAGGACGCUUUGACUACAUUGGUCACAGCCACCAGCUAUUCCACAUCUGUGCCGUGCUGGGCACCCACUUCCAGCUGGAGGCAGUGCUGGCUGAUAUGGGAUCCCGCCGAGCCUGGCUGGCCAUGCAGGAACCCGCCCUGGGUCUGGCAGGCACUGUGGCCACGCUGAGCUUAGCAGUGGCCGGUAAUCUACUCAUCAUCGCUGCCUUCACAACCUCCCUAUUUCGGGCCCCCAGUACCUGCCCCCUGCUGCAAGGUGGCCUGCUGGAGGCGGGUACAAAGGCCAAACACCAGUGAGGCCCCAUCUCUAUGCCUACCCUGGAGGGAGACAGGGGCCAGGCCUGGUGCUGCAGAGGAGCCUGGUAAAGUGGGGACACUACUGAGCCUGGAACCAAGAUUGGCUGAAGAAAGAGUGCAGGGGAGAGAAGGCAGAGAGGAGAGGAGCUAGGGAUGCUGGCAGAGAGCAGGAAGGUCAGUGCAGGUGCUCUGGAAGGGGUUGGGGGAAGUGCUGAGGGUCUGAGAGGGGAGGUGCAUGUGUCUAG